AUGGCGAUCGCUAGUGCAGCCAGAUGCUGUAUUCCGGCCGGCGCCGGCGCCGGCGCCGCCGUUCUCGCCAUCGGCACGGCGAACCCGGCGAGCUGCAUCCCGCAGGAGGAGUAUGCCGGCUGGUACUUCCGCGUCACCGGCGGCGACCACCUCACCGGCCUCAAGGCCAAGAUGGAGAGGAUCUGUGAGAAAUCCAGUAUAAAGAAGCGCCAUUUCCAUCUCACCGAGGAGGUGCUCGCCGAGCACCCGGACUUCGUCGACCGCGCGCUGCCGUCGCUGGACGCCCGCCUCGACAUCACCGACACCGCCGUUCCGGAGCUAGCCGCGGCGGCGGCGAGGAAGGCCAUCGCGGAGUGGGGCCGCCCGGCCGCGGACAUCACCCACCUGGUCGUCGCCACCAGCUCCGGCGGCAAGUUUGUGGGCGCCGACGUCCGCCUGGCCAAGCUCCUCGGCCUUCGCCCCACCGUGCGCCGCACGCUGCUCUACCUCCACGGCUGCUCCGCCGGCUCCGGCGCGCUCCGCGUCGCCAAGGACCAGGCCGAGAGCGUCGCCGGCGCGCGUGUGCUGGUGGCGUGCGCCGACCUCAGCCUCAUCGCGUUCCGCGGCCCCGAGGAGGGCUGCCUCGACACGCUCAUCCUGCAGGGGCUCUUCGGCGACGGCGCCGGCGCCGUCGUCAUCGGCGCCGACCCGGCCAGCCCCGUCGAGCGCCCCAUCUUCUACAUGGCGUCCGCGUCGCAGACCACCAUCCCGGACACCGAGCACGUCGUCACCGGGCAGCUCAGGCAGGGCGGCCUCGACUACCACAUCUCCCGCGAGAUGCCGGCUCUCGUCGGCGAACACGUCGGCCGCUGCCUCGCCGACGCGCUCGGCGCUCUCGGUCUCGGUCUACACGACGGUGGCUGGAACGGGCUGUUCUGGGCGGUGCACCCCGGCGGGCGCGCGAUCCUGGACAGCGUGGAGGCGCGUCUCGCGCUGGCGCCGGAGAAGCUGGCGGCGAGCCGGCGGGUGCUGAGCGAGUUCGGGAACAUGACAAGCGCCACGGUGAUCUUCGUGCUCGACGAGCUGCGGCGGCCUCGCGGCGAGGAGGAGCGGCGCGGGUGCGAGUGGGGGGUGGCGGUGGCGUUCGGGCCAGGAGUCACCGUGGAGACGAUGGUGCUGCGCGCCGUGCACUACUAG